CUCAGAGUACAUCAACUUGCAGAAGCUUGCGCAUGUUAACCAUCUAAGCGCAUUAGUUAGCUUCCAUGCAUACUUUUCUUCGUAAAUCUGAUCCUUCUUGGGUCUAAUGGGGAUUGGUCGAGAUGGGCCCACCUAGCACGGAUGACAUCCCGUCCUCCACACAGAUAAUUGAUGUCUCCCGAACUGUGCAGUCAAGCGAUUUGUUUACACCUUACAGAGAACCUAGAGUUACACUGCCAACCAUUAGGAAGUUUAAACAGAAUGCCCUUCCAUUCGGUGGGAAGUUCUGGGGUGGAUCCUUGACAGAGUACGGCGGGAUUGGGGACCUGUCUUUUAUUGGUCGUCAGCGAGUGAGGGAUUUAGAAGUUACCAGAGGUCACAGGCAUUAUCGCAGCGGGUUCAGCAAAUAUUUGACAGACGUUCAGCCAUAUCGACUGACAGAACUUCACCUCAGCGAGUGUCGACUGAAUGAUCAAAUACUCCCAGCGCCACUUAAAACAGACAUCAGCAAGCUUAAUUGGCAGCAAACGUACCCCUGGCCGGACAGCCAAGCCUAUGGAACUCAUCGUUCAAUAUUUGAGGUUUUCCCUUCCGUGAAAGUGCAGCCACUGCAGUCCGAUCAAAACGCGUUAGGCGGUUCCAGAAACUUAAAUGCCCAGCUACAAGGACUUAGAAAGACCACCCGAAAGGCACUUCUUGAUUUGAAUAAGAGACAGUACCAGACGACGCUCUACCUAGAUUCCUACCGCCAAAACCUCGGCCUGCCACCAGCAAAGUCACCUGUGACGGAAGACGAAAGAGGCAGUACUGACGCAGAAAAGAUAAAUGAUGCAGGCAAGGAAUGUAUAAACAGGGAAAACGAAGAAGGCAAAAAUGAAACAACAGGGGAGGAAGUCGAAGAAGGGGAAAAGGGCACGAGAGAAGACGCGCCCAAUCAAGCACCCUCCAAUCUCAACUUACUUGAGACAAAUUCUUUCACGCAACUCAUCUUUGAUGACACCGCACAGAUCACGGAGGAAGCCAAUAAACCAAAAGCAGGUGUUGGUCCAUGCUGGCCCCCUGGUGACAGUUACGUCAUUGAUAAUAUCAAAGGUUCUCAGUUAGUUGAGCGAACUGAUAUUACACAGCCACUGCAUGUGUAUUAUGAAGUCAAAAGACCCACGGAAGACAAGAAACCACGUAGACUAUUAUCCACCAGAACUAGACUUGAAAAGCAACUCCAUGAAGUCCUUGUUCGUGGUCAUAAGAGAGAGGGCGCUCCUCUCUCCGUAAUCACUUGGAAAUCGCAAGAUGCGUUUUUGAAAGAGAGAAUGGCAGAAUCACACAUUGCAGAAAAGCUACAUGCAUCCGAUCAGACACAAGAUGACUCUACAUCAGCUGGUGGAGUUCAUGGAAUUGCACCUUGUCAUAGAAAAACAGACUUCGGCAGGAAAGCAUGCGUCGAACGCCCCGAAAAACCGGCAUUACACAGUAUUGACCCAUCACCAUUUGUUCCACUGAGCUCCGAUAAAGCACCGCUGUUGUUGCCACCGGCUCCUCUGGCUGACUGCUUACCAACGGCUGGUUCGCGUAUCCCUCAUAAGCUGGGUCUUCGAUACAAGUCAGAAGCGCACAAAAGGUACCAAUUGACGUAUCCCGAGAAAAUGCCAGACCUCAGAACUAACCGCAAAGAAGGAAAAAAAUAUUUCUUCUACAGCUUUCAUUCCUCGGCAUUUAGAGGAUAACCGAGCAUACGUCAGCAUAAGGCGUUCACAAAAAUACAUUCAUAACAGUAAUGUGAAUAAUGAUGUUAUGAUUUAUUUAAAAAGAAUUUUUGAAACUGUCGUUGGGAACCCUUUUCAAGCAUCCCAACAAAAAUCCUGUGGUGUAAAUUGACACUCAUUUCCCACCUCGGUAUUUUCUAUGUUUAAAUUGGUAAGUGUUCUGUCAUAAUAUCUUUAAAUUAAAGGAACCCCCUUUUGUGAUGAUUUUGUAAUGAGAUCAUAAUAUUGUAUAGACUGAUAUCUCAUAACACAAAUCAAAUAAAUGAAAAAUUAGACACAAAUACUUUCCACACCUGGUAAUGUUUAAUUGUCAACAUUUGCAUUUUGGGAUACAAAGAAUUUCGCUUUGUAAUAUUGGUUAUCCUAAAUAUUUGAAAUAAUUGCUGGGAUAUAGCUGUAUUUAAACUCAAAUAAAUUUAUAAAGCAACCGAA